UAUUGAUUUUUAACAAUGAAUAUUUAUCUAAGGAUCUUGAUUUUAGCACUUAACAACAAUAAUUUAUGUUUUAGUGAUAUAAAUAAAGGGAACUUAGAAACAGAAGAAUUGAUUAAACAGGCUAAAAGCCCUCUGGAAAAAAGUUUGUCAGACGCAAAUAUUGACACAAAUCGCCAGAUCGACCCUGCGGAAGGGCUUUCAUCUAGCAAGCUCAAUGAAUUUGUACCAGUCUCCAAACUCAUUGGCAAGGAAAAUUUUGUAUCGGAGGCAGAACACUUUUCAUUUUUCAAUGAAGCAGAAGACUUUCCAGUCACUGUUGAACCAGAGGAAAGUCUGCACUUCCCUGCACACCUGCAAGUAUUCACCUUCGAUCAGGGCAACAUUUCUACCUUUACGCCCUCAAAGUCUGGCACAUCUGGUGUUUUAGGGUACUACCUGAUGGAUGCAGGGUCUGUGCUGCCCGUGCUAGCUCUAGGCCUGAGGCCAGGAGACACAGUAUUGGACAUGUGUGCAGCCCCUGGUGGCAAAUCUCUACUCUGUCUGCAGACUCUCUAUCCAGAUUUAGUGGUAUGUAAUGACGUCAGCAAGUCCAGGUUGAACAGACUGAGUUAUAUCAUGCAGCAGUAUGUUACUGACUGGGAGCAGAAAGUCAUUAUAACACAGGAACAUGGAGCUGGUAUUCUUGGUACAGAUAAAUAUUCAAAGAUUCUUGUUGACGUGCCUUGUACAACUGACAGACUCUCUGUUAUGGAGAGUGAUAAUAACAUCUUCAAACCAUCAAGAAAUAAGGAAAGAAUUUUACUUCCUCAGCUACAAGUUGAACUUCUGUUCCAAGCAUUGAAGUUGGUUAAAAAAGGUGGAGCUGUUGUAUAUUCGACUUGCUCCCUGAACCCUGCUCAGAAUGAUGGAGUGGUGCAGAUGGCACUUCGUAAAGUGUGGGAAGAAACGUCAAUGAAGAUUGUUGUCAAAGACCUUAGUCAAGCUCUCGAACCAGCCAAAGUAGUGUUCAAGUUUGCAGAACCGAGGUGUCUGAAGUACGGCUCCCUUAUAGUUCCUUACUUACCAUCAAACUUUGGACCUAUGUACUUCUGCAAAUUGGAAAAGGAAGAGUAAACAAAAUUGUUGUAAUAUCAUGUUAUCACUGAAACAUUACCAAUGACUGUAAAUAUUAUUUAGAAAAUAGUAAUAAAUGUACAACAUUUUGUACAUAAUAAA